AUGGCCACCAGGGAUCUGGCACUAGGAAUGAUCUUCUUAUCACAGACUGUAUUUGGACUCCUGGGGAACGUCUCUCUUUUUUACCAUUAUCUCUUCCUUAACUUCGCUGGGCGCAGAAAGUACACAGAUUUGAUUCUCAUGCACGUGAUAGUAGUGAACUUUUUGUUUUUUCUUUCUAAAGGAGUCCCCCAGACAAUGGUAACUUUUGGGUUAAGACAUUUCCCCAAUGACUUUGGAUGCACACUUAUUUUCUAUGUUCAGAGAGUGGCCAGAGGUGCGUCCAUUGGCGCCACCUGCCUCCUGAGUGUCUUCCAGGCCAUCACCAUCACCCGGAACUCCGGGUGGGCAGAGCUGAAAGUGAGAGCCUGCAAGUACAUUGCCUCCACCGUCCUGUGCUGGGUCCUGAACAUACUGAUAAAUACCAUUUUCCCUCUUUGUGGGAUGGGAAGGUGGAUCAAUACGAACAUCACAAGGAAAAGCGUCUAUGGAUACUGUUCUGUUCAUCAUGACAGAAUCACUGACACAUUGUAGGCUGCGUUGCUGUCCUCCCCGGAUGUUUUAUGUUUCUUGCUCAUGCUCGGGGCCAGUGGCUCCAUGGUCUUUGUCCUGCACAGGCACCAGCAGAGGGUCCAACACAUUCACAGGACCCACGUCUCGUCUUGGUCCUCCCCUGAGUCCAGAGCCACCAAAACCAUCCUUCUCCUGGUGAGCACUUUCGUAUCUUUUUACACCAUCUCCUCCAUCUUUCAAAUUUGUUUGGUUCUUUUUAAUAAUCCCAGUUGGUUGACGGUGAACAUAUCUGAAGUAUUUGCUGUUUGUUUCCCAGUGCUCUGCCCCUUUGUUCUCGUUACUGUGACUCCAGUGUCUCCAGGCUCUGCUUUGCCUGGAUAA